UGUAGAUCAGAUUCCUCUUUCGUUUCUAUUUCCUUUCCCUUUCUUUAUCAUUCGUUUCAUUGAAUGUAAGCUACUUUACCAUCGUGAUCCAUCUCUAUGGUCCUCUAUAAUAGCACUGUAACACAAAUCGAUCAAAUCUAGAGUCGUUUUAAUCCUGAAUCCACCCGAUCCCGAACCAAGCCGAUCUAACCACACAUAAGCCCCCAAACCGCUCUAAACCCGUCAAUACAAUCCUCACCAGUGACAUGAAUCCAGAGGCGUAUUUCACCCGGAUCCGUGAAUAUGGGUUAAUUGUAUGCAAAGAGUGUCGGUACUGCGUAUGGCCACAGGAUAUCCGAGGCCAUUUAAAGGGAGAACAUCAUAAAGCGAAGAAAGAGGUAGUCGAUGCGAUAGAUACGGUCGUCCAACGAUGGCGGGGAUUAGUCCGGGAUCCUAUAGAGUUUCUAGUCCCCCAGGCGGUCGCUGAACCGUUCGAGGCGUUACCAUUGUUCGAGGAUGGGUUAAUGUGUCGGUUACCGGUUAACAACGAAUCUAUCGAUGUGGUAUGUGGGAAGGUUUCCCGUAACCGUAAGGCAUUGAUCACUCACUGGCGGACCGUCCACGAUUGGACUAUGACCAAGAAGCGAGGACAAGGACAGGGCGGUGGACAGACCAACGAGGGGAAAAUCGCUGUACAACGGCGAUUUAACAACGCAGUCGAGAAGGUGUUAUGCCAACGAUUUUUCACAAGCCGCCAUUGUUCACAGUAUUUCCGCAUCGCCCCACGCAUACCAGGGCAGAUGCCCCAAGAGCGAAUCGACUCGUGGAAACGCAUUCAACAGAUGGCGGAGGAGAAGUUCCAGGGGAUCGAAAAGCGUAUUCGAACAAAUAUUGAGGCUGGGGAGAAGGAUGAGCCGAAUCCAUGGUUAGCGUGCAGUGGAUGGCACAAGUAUUUAGGCGAUUUAGACCGGGAGGAUCUGAUGGCGUCGGUGGCGAAGCCUGGCGAUGGUGGGAAGGAUGCCGACCCAUUAGAGCAAGUCGUAUGGAAGGCUAUGACCGAUGUUGUCCGGAUCAGCCAAGAAACGGUAUCGAAAACCGGCAUGUUCAUCCGGUUGGAAGCUGUUCGGACAGAGGAGCAUCAGACGAAAUAUGUGCCGUUAGAGAUCUAUUGGGAUCCAGAUUCCAUCGACCGACGAGCACAGCCAUGGAGACAGAUAUUGAUGUUUUUCAUCCGAACCCAAAAACAGCACGAAUGGGAGAGUCCAGCGUACAAGUUCACCCAGGCGCAGAUGCAGGCGUUUGUCCGGUUAAUAGCGGAGGCCGAGAAAGUACAGGACGAAACGGAGGAGAGAGAAGAGGACGACAACGACGACGACGACGACAACGACGACGACGAACCACGUCCUGACAAGAGCGACGAGUUCCCUACGAUGACACCCGUUCAAACAGCAUGCUUAGAGUUUUGCAUCCAGUUAUUGAACCACAAAGUCAUGCGGAACGAGUACGAAAGUGCGUUGGUAUGCGUAUUAGCUGUAUUGGGCGUUAAUGGCGACACAUGGAGGGAUCCGGAGACAUAUCCACCUAUCCUGUCGUCUAUCAUCAAGUGUGCUCGGUUUAUGGUUAUCCAGAAAGCUGUGAAUAUGGCCGGUCCCCCAGACGAGCCAGAUGGAUAUCGACAAGGGUCG